GAGAGGUUGUCCUCUUGUGCCCGUCCAAGUUUUCAAAAGCGUAUUUAAUCGUCUAACAGAUAAGUACAACAAAAAAUAUUCGGUUUUACAUGUGAGUGUCAAUGUCACAAUCACAGCGGACUUAACGCGGUAUGCAGAUUAGCCCGCAUCUCUAUAAUUUGUAGUCUCGUGCGCACACUGAAACAAUUACAAACAGACAUAUUUAACACGAAGGACUCGAUUCGAAUGAAAGCACAACAUGGGAGACAAAGAAAAGAAGGAGCAGCCGGUGGAGAAGACUGGCGAUCCAAUAAUCUCACAGAUCGGGGACUUCAAAAUCUAUCAGUUUCUCUUCUGUGCGUUGAUCUUCCUCUGCAAAUUCGGCACGGGUUGGCAUACGCUGGGCCACAUAUUUCUGGCUGCACCCACACCACAGUCCUGCGAAACCGGUAACGUAACAGAUCCGUGCAGCGACGACUGCGAGGAAGCCAAGUUUGAUACGAGCGUCUUUAAGUCUACAAUCAUAACGGAGUGGAAUCUAACGUGCAAUAAGAAAUCCCUAGCCAGCAUGUCGCAAUCGAUCGUCAUGGUUGGCAUUAUGUUCGGCAGUAUGUUCUUUGGCAUGGUGGCCGACCGUUGCGGGCGACGACCCGCCUUUCUUGGUUGCUGCUUUAUGCAGCUUUUCAGUGGACUAAUUGUGUGCCUUUCGCCAUACUUCUGGUUUUACUGUUUGUUCCGUUUUUUGGUUGCUUUUGCCACAGGCGGGACCAUGACCACCAGCUUUGUAUUGAUUAUGGAGAUCAUUGGACCGAAGAAGCGCGAACUUGUCGCCAUUUUGUAUCAGAUACCCUUUAACAUCGGUCACGCUUCCUUGGCCAUAUUCGCGUAUUUCAUUCGCACCUGGCGUUGGUUCCAGUUCUCGAUUACAAUCUUUUCAGUAGUGUUUGUCGUGUACAUUUGCCUGGUGCCAGAAUCGCCGCGAUGGCUCUUUACAACCGGGCGCCUGGAUGAGUCUAUUAAGAUUCUGGAACACAUCGCCAAAGUCAACAAAGUGCCCACAGAUACCAUCCGACCAGAGAUAGAGGCCGCUCACAAGGUGAUGGCCGCUCGCACUCCCACAAAGAAGGGAAAUAUUUGCGAUCUAUUUCGUACGCCCUACUUGCGCCUCAAAACCAUAUGCAUGGCCAAUGAUUGGCUGGUCGUCUGUAUGGUCUACUAUGGGACAGCCCAGUAUAUCUCCAAGUUGGGUGGCAAUAUCUUCAUGAACAACCUAAUAGCCGCUUCUUUAGGCAUACCUGGUACCUGUUUAUGUGUGGUUCUCACUAAGUUUCUUGGGCGCAAGAUAACAAUGAUGCUGUCGAACGGACUGAGUGCCAUUGGCCUCUUGUUGCUGGUCUUUUUGACCGGGGUUGAUAUGAAAAUACAGGUAGCCUGUGCCACCUUGGGUCUUUUCGGUGCCUCCAUUACCUUUCCGAAUGCCUACCUGUAUGGGGGUGAGCUCUUUCCCACUGUCGUCCGUUCCAAUGGCGUCGGUCUUUGUUCGAUGGUUGGACGGAUUGGAUCGAUUGUAGCACCCCUGAUCUGUGAGCUGGCGGCCAUCAAGAAGUGGAUCACGCCAUUAGUUUUUGGUAUAUUCUCUGUCCUAGCCGUUAUCGGAACAAUAUUUUUGCCGGAAACGCGCGGAAUGCCACUGCCGGAAACACUGGAGGAUGGCGAGAGUUUUGGACGCAAGAAGCAAGAAGCCUAAUAUUAAUUUACUAUAUAUGUACAUAUUCCUUUUUUUGUUGAGUGUAGUUCACGAAAUUAAACGUACCUUGUUGUCCUACUUUAUUUCAUAAAAAACCGCUCUCACUUGGAUGAAAAUUAAUAAAUUUAAUUUAAAUUAGA